AUGUUCUCGGAACGUUGGUUCUGUUUUUGUUGUCCACAAAUUCAUAAACCUGCUCGGCGACAAAUGGUUGCGCCAAUUGACGAAGCUCACGCACAAUCGGACCCACCUCAUUUACAAAUAAAUCGACCGAGAUUUCGAGAGAAGAAAAGAUCUGAUCUUACUCUAGCGUCUGUUAUUAUCAUUCAAAAAUGGUUUAGACGCCGUCAAGCGCUAUUUGAAAUGCGACGAAAAGCUGCUUGGACGAUUUAUCAACAUAUUGAAUAUUCUGGCGAACAAGAUCAACUUAAAUUAUAUAAUUUUUUUAUUGAACUCAUGCAAGCUGUUAGCAAAAAUAGACGUGAUGUUAGUGUGGCAACUAAAGUCUUACGUCGAAGUUCCAGUCUAUCAGGUUUAGCUGAAGAACUUGAAUUAGAACAAUUGACAGCGGCAUCAACGAUUUCCAUCGAACCAACCUAUCAAGGACCACAUAUUGUCUUGCCAAUUACGAAAGAACAUUUCGAAAUAUUGCUUCUUGCUUUUCAACGAGGCGAGCUACUUCAUCCUCAUUACGUAUUAGUUAUUCUACAUGAACUUCGUCGUUUACUUAAAACUUUACCGAAUGUAAAUGUAGUUUCAACUCAUCUCACGAAAUUCGUUACUGUUGUUGGUGAUUUACAUGGUAGUUUAGCUGAUUUAAUGAUUAUUUUUCAUAAGAAUGGUUUGCCGUCGAAUGAAAAUCCUUAUAUUUUUAAUGGAGAUAUUGUUGAUCGUGGUUUUCAAAGUAUUGAAAUCUUUCUUCUAAUAAGUGUUGCACUUAUUGUUUAUCCAUCGAAUGUUUAUUUAAAUCGAGGGAAUCAUGAAGAUCAUGUUUUAAAUUUAAGAUAUGGUUUCAUGAAAGAAAUUAUACAUAAAUAUAAAACCAAUUCAUCUCGACUCUUGCGUCUGUUUGAAAAUAUUUACAGUUGGUUACCAGUGGCAAGUGUUAUUGAUGAACACAUUUUUGUAGUACAUGGUGGCAUUAGUAAUAUAACUGAUUUAGCAACUAUAAAUCGAAUUAAACGUCAGAAGUAUCUAUCCGUAUUGAGUCCAACUUUUAUUAUCCCAUCCGAUGAAGACCAAUUUCAGAUCAGUAACAUUCCGAAUGAUUUACUAUUGGAAUGGCGACAAAUCCUAGAUCUACUAUGGAGCGAUCCGAAACAAACAGAUGGUUGUGAACCCAACACUUAUCGUGGCGGUGGAUGUUAUUGGGGUCCAGAUGUAACAAAAACUAUUUUAGAGAAACACAAAUGGACUUUAAUUAUUCGCUCACAUGAAUGUAAAGAAGAGGGUUUUGACUAUACUCAUGAUAAUAAGGUGCUUACUAUUUUUUCAGCAUCAAAUUAUUAUGCAGUAGGUAGUAAUCGAGGUGCAUACGCUAAAGUACUUACUAAUCAGCCACCACUUGUUGUUCAGUUUAUUUCAACAAAAGCGUCACAAAAAUCGUUGACUCUAUGGGAAAGAGUGUCCUAUGUUGAAGAACAAGCAAUUAAAAAUCUGAUUGAAAAAUUUAGUGUAAAUAAAAGUUGUCUUAUGAAAGAAUUCCUGCUAGUGGAUAAAAAGAAAACAGGUCGUAUAUCUGUCAAUAAUUGGUGUGAUAUUGUUUCACGUGUUCUUGAUUUAAAACUACCAUGGCGAACACUAAAAACACAACUAGUUGAAACAGAUUCACAGGGAUGGGUUCUGUAUGAGUCAACAUUUCGUUUCAAAGAACUACAAUUUGCAUUGAAUGUUCAAAUAAAUGCCAGACGAAAAAGUCUUUGUCAAUGUAUGUAUCGGAAUAAAGAUCUGCUUGAAACAGUCUUUCGAGCUAUUGAUAAAGAUAACUCAGGUGUUAUUUCAAUGCAAGAAUUUACUGACGUAUGCACAUUUCUUGGUAAUCACAAUGGGACAAAAUUUGACGAAAAACAAAUCACGGAUCUAGCAGCUAGUAUUGAUCUCGAUAAGAAUGGCGUAAUUGAUUUCAAUGAAUUUCUUGAAGCCUUUCGUAUCGUUGAUAUUGUUGAUCCAUCAAUGAUGGAGCAAAGUUAA